AUGGCUCAGGAGACAAACCAAACCCAGGUGCCUCUGCUGUGUACCACAGGCUGUGGGUUUUAUGGCAGUCCCCGGACCAACGGGAUGUGCUCCGUUUGCUAUAAGGAGUUUCUACAGAGACAGCAGAGCAGUGACCGGAUAAGCCCUGCAGGUAGAGGAGUUUUGUCUGAGAAAUCUCACCUUCCAGUAAACUGUACUGAAGGGUCAUUAGAAGUACGUACGGCAUUGAGCUCUGCCGUGGCAGAAAACGCUGUGCCUGAGACUGAUGAGUUACAGGCUGCCCUGCUCGAAAUCCCCCAGAACAGCGCUGAGGGCAAGACAGCUUCAGAAAAACCGAAACAGAAGAAGAAUCGCUGCUUCACCUGCCGGAAGAAGAUAGGGCUAACCGGCUUCGACUGCCGCUGCGGGAACCUGUUCUGUGCCAUUCACCGGUACUCCGACAUGCACGCCUGCCCCUACGACUACAAGGCAGAAGCUGCCGAGAAGAUCCGUAAGGAGAAUCCCAUCGUUAUCGCUGAGAAGAUCCAGAAGUUGUGAAAGGGGCUGAGAAGCUCAAACUGCAGCCAGGCGGCCUGGUGCUCCUCCCCUUCCUCCCAGCCUUCCUUCUCUUCCUCCCAGCCCCAUCUGAGGUGCAACGGGGAUCCAGCAGCACACACAAACCAGCACCUGGACACGGGGACUCCUCGCAACUCC